AUGGCCGUGAGACUGAGUGCUGCAACAUCCGUCAAAAACGUUGCUCGAAUAUUUGCUAAGCAACCCCCACAACUAUCCAAGACCCGUCAAUUCACAUGUACCGCAAUUCGAGCUAAGGAGGUAGCUAAUCAAGAUGAGCUGCCAAAUCUGCGCCAUGCUCAGCGGCCUCCUGGGGGCAAGCUUCAUGCGCCAGUUGUGAACCCAACCGACAAGUUCCAAGAGAAAGCAGCCAGCCUCCACACCUAUGGCCAAUACCUUCUCUCUUGCAUGCCUAAAUACAUCCAGCAAUUCUCCGUAUGGAAGGACGAGCUUACUAUAUACAUUCCGCCGACCGGCGUCAUUCCCGUCAUAUCCUUCCUCAAAUACCAUACCGCAGCCGAAUACACGAUGGUGGCGGACAUAACCGCUGUGGACUACCCCACAAGGAGCAAUAGAUUUGAGGUUGUCUACAACCUCCUCAGUGUCAGGCACAAUUCUAGGAUUAGGGUCAAGACAUACGCUGAUGAAGCUACACCGGUGCCGAGCAUAACAUCACUUUACGAUGGAGCCAAUUGGUAUGAGAGGGAGGUGUAUGAUCUGUUUGGGGUGUUCUUUGUGGGGCAUCCGGAUUUACGGAGAAUUAUGACUGAUUAUGGAUUCGACGGACAUCCAUUGAGGAAAGACUUCCCAUUGACGGGCUAUACAGAGAUCCGAUAUGAUGAGGAGAAAAAGAGGAUUGUAGUGGAACCAUUGGAAUUGACGCAAGCAUUCCGAAAUUUUGAGGGAGGAACAGCAGGCAAAGACAGGAAGCCAGAAGAGUUUCAACUACCCACUCCAAAACCGGAGGAGAAGAAAGAAGAGCCAAAGAAGUGA